CCCCUUAGGCCUUCUACGACCACUUGAUAUUCCAAAGUGGAAGUGGGAGGAGAUUUCGAUGGAUUUUGUUACAGGGCUACCCAAGUCGUCCGAACACCACGAUGCGAUUUGGGUAGUAGUGGACAGAUUGACGAAAGUCGCACAUUUUCUACCUGUAUCGAUGACCAUGUCAAUGGAGAAGUUAGCCGAGAUUUAUACCCGUUGGAUCGUUCGACUCCACGGAGUGCCCGCUCACAUUGUGUCAGAUCGAGAUUCCAGAUUCACCAGCAGAUUCUGGAAGAGUUUACACGAAGCGAUGGGCACGCAGUUACAGUUCAGUUCGGCUUACCAUCCGGAGACAGAUGCUCAGACAGAAAGAAUUAUUCAGAUGCUCGAGGAUAUGCUCAGAUUGUUGACGCUAGACAGGGGUGCUAAAUGGGAGUCGAUUUUAUCAUUAGUUGAGUUCGCCUAUAACAACAGUUAUCAGGC